CAAGCUGUAUAAAUUUAUUGACGGAAAUCAGGAUAACAUUCGCUGGGUGGUGCCGAAAGGUGCAAGGUGGCAAAUUUGUCGACUAAAUCAUGACGACAUAGGUCAUUUUGGAGUAGAAAAAACAUUAGAGCGCAUAAAAUCCACCUACUGGUUUGCUAAAAUGGCCAAAUUUGUCAAGAAAUAUGUUAAUGCAUGCAUUGAAUGCGCCUACGCUAAGAAAGAUGGCUCGUCUAAAGAAGGUCAUUUACAUCCCAUAGAGAAAAUAGACAUUCCAUUUCAUACUUUGCAUGUGGACCACCUUGGACCUUUUGUCCGAUCCAGGCAGGGUAAUUCAUAUUUGUUGGUAGUUGUCGACGGAUUUACCAAAUUUGCACUAGCUAAACCGGUCCGUAACACAAAAUCUGAAAGUACUAUCAAAGUAUUGGACGAUAUAUUCUGUACAUUCAGGGUACCCGACCGUCUGAUCAGUGAUAGGGGCACAAGCUUUACUUCUCAUGCGUUUAAAAGAUAUUGCCUCGAUAAGGGUAUAAAACACGUACUAAACGCGGUGGCUAGUCCUAGGGCAAACGGACAGGUUGAGCGUUACAACCGCACCAUCCUAAAUUCACUGACAGCUCAAAAUCUUAACAGUGAUGAGAGGGAUUGGGAUGUUGCGGUUGGUAAGGUUCAAUGGGGGCUCAAUAACACGAUUCAGAAAACCACAGGCAAGACUCCGACGGAGAUUUUAUUUGGGACAUGUAUGAGCGCGGAGGCGAAUCCAAGACUUAAUGCGCUACGACAGGAAACUAGGAAAGACGACGAUGUUACCACAGUUAGAGAAAAUGUUAAGGACAAGAUAGAUAUCGAGCAGGAAAAACAAAAACAAAGUUAUGACAGAGAUAGGCAUCCAGCCCGAGUCUAUGCAGAGGGAGAGUUAGUAAAAAUAACCAAGACAAAUUUUCAAAAUGAAGGAAAAAGUAAAAAACUGCUCCCAAUUUACGUUGGUCCCUAUCGAGUCAUAAAAAUAUUAGGUAAUGACAGGUAUAGAGUAGCGUCUAUACCUGGGCUAAAGGGAACAAGAAAUAAACGACAAACAACCGUAGCCGCUGACAGAAUGCGGCCUUGGGUCAACAUUGCCGCUUUAGAAGUAGAUGAGUCUAAUAACUCUGAUAGCCAUAGCGAAGGCACUGAGAAUGAGGAUUAACCUAUUAAUAUAAAAUUAGUUUUGUCAAGUAGUUAUUUAAGAGUGAUUUUCUAUAACAAAUGAUACAUUGUAAAAGUUGUUAAUUAUUACUGGUUUAUCUAUGUAUGUAGGUACCUACAUGGUUUAGCGAGGAGUGACCGCGACCAAAUGAUUUGUUUAUUGUAACUAUAUGGUUUAGCGAGGAGUAACCGCGACCAAAUGAUUUGUUUAUUGUAAAUUGUAAAUGUAUGGUUUAGCGAGGAGUAACCGCGACCAAAUGAUUUGUUUAUUGUAAAUUGUAAAUGUAUGGUUUAGCGAGGAGUAACCGCGACCAAAUGAUUUGUUUAUUGUAAAUUGUAAAUGUAUGGUUUAGCGAGGAGUAACCGCGACCAAAUGAUUUGUUUAUUGUAAAUUGUAAAUGUAUGGUUUAGCGAGGAGUAACCGCGACCAAAUGAUUUGUUUAUUGUAAAUUGUAAAUGUAUGGUUUAGCGAGGAGUGACCGCGACCAAAUGAUUUGUUUAUUGUAAAUUGUAAAUGUAUGGUUUAGCGAGGAGUGACCGCGACCAAAUGAUUUGUUUAUUGUAAAUUGUAAAUGUAUGGUUUAGCGAGGAGUGACCGCGACCAAAUGAUUUGUUUAUUGUAAAUUGUAAAUGUAUGGUUUAGCGAGGAGUGACCGCGACCAAAUGAUUUGUUUAUUGUAAAUUGUAAAUGUAUGGUUUAGCGAGGAGUAACCGCGACCAAAUGAUUUGUUUAUUGUAAAUUGUAAAUGUAUGGUUU